CACCCACAGAUCGGGUGUCUGAUCUCCUCUCCUCUCAUCUGAUCUGAUCUCGGUUUUUAUUCCUCAUUCCUCAAUGAAAGCUGUGAGUUUUCCUCCUCACUGUGAGUUUGACUGAGUCUCCAGCAGAUCUACACACUCAGGGAUAAGCUUGUGUCCUGAUCGGCUGUCUAUAAUGGACACAGAGAGUAACCCUCAGGAGAUGUCUCCGCUCGCAGCUGAGGGCAUGUGGUGGGGCUCUCUGGGCUCUGUGCGUCCCUUCCCAAACUUCAGACCCGAGAGAGACGUUUCAGUCCUUUACGCCGCUCUGGAGAAGAAAGAUGUGAGCAGUGUUGUGAGGACUUUGAGUAAUCGCAGUAACGCUCAGAGAAGAGCUCUGGCCAGAGUCUAUAAGAAUGCCACACAGAAGGAUCUGGAUGUGGGCCUGAAGAAGCUUCUCUCUGGUGAUCUUCAGUCUCUGGUUCUCGGUCUGAUGUUGAGCCCGGAGCAGUUUGACGCGCAUCGCCUGCGGAAAGCCAUGGAGGGUGCUGGAACAGAUGAAGACACUCUUCUGGAGAUUCUGUGCAUCAGGACGCCGCAGCAGCUCUCCAGCAUCAGAGCGUCAUACACACACGAGUUUCAGCGGGAUCUGGAGAAGGAUCUGCUCAGUGAAACCAGUGGAGAUUUCUCCAGACUCAUCACGGCUCUGCUGAAGAAGGAGAACGAGACAGGGGUUAUUGAGCAGGACACAGCAGCUUUAUCUGAGGAGCUGAAGAACAAGAAACCUGCAGCUGAAGUCUGGAUCCGGACCCUGACCUCCAGACACCCCGAGCACCUGAGGGCCGUGCUGGAUGAGCUGGAGGUUGAGAGAGGACAGACAGUGGAAGAAGCUCUUGAUGGACACUUCAGAGGAUUAAUGUCUGCUGACCUCAGGAAGGGCCUGAAGACCCUCGUGUGCACUAUCCAGGACCCAUAUCUGUACUUGGCUCAGCGCAUCCAAACUAUGAAGUUUGCAGUGGUUCAGGGUGUGAUUGUGUCUCACAGUGAGGAGGAUCUGCUGAGAGUCAGAGUCGCUUACAAGAAGACCAGCGGAAGCUCACUAUACACUGCCUUACAGAAGCAGUUUAAAGCUGAGCUCCUGCAGGGUUUGUUGGCUAUUUGUCGAGCUGAAGAUUAAAGGUGCUCUAAUUAUCACUGAUAAUCAACAAGAUCAUUAGAAUAUCACUGAUAAUAAAAGAUGAUCAUAACAAUAUCACGUAUGAUAAAGAUGCGUGUGUUUACAGUUCCUCUACAUUGACUGUGGGUUAUGAUCAAUACAUUAAUAAAAGGUCACAGGUUUGCAGAACUGACCUUUAUCAAGAGGGAAAAACAUCCUAAAGUGUCAUUAUGAUGUUCAUUAUAAUCAUUAUGCUCACAUAAUUGUGCAAAUAAUCUUAAUAUGUAAGCCAUCAUUAAACUUUAGUGUUAGUUUUGAUUUCCCAAAGCACACCUUUUUCAUAUUAGUGAAAAUAUGUUUGCAUUAGUUUCCAUUUCAGUGAUUGAUUGACUGAUUUAUUUAUUGAUUCAUUGAUUCUAAUAGGAGGAUUAAACAGUCAUUUGUCAUUUUUGUUUGUAUAUUUUUAAGUUAUUUUAAUGUGAUUUUAAUGAUGAACCUGUGGUGAAAUGAUUGUUAUUGUGGUGAAAAUAGUGGUGCUACUGUGCCUUAGAGACCCAUAAAACCCAAACGUCUUCAAAACAACCAAGUAAAUGUACAUGAUGACCUUCUCAACUCA